CAUUCGGUCUGCGCGAUGCAUGCUGGUAUUCAUCGUCGCAGUUGUUUUUAAAAAGCUCCUGAAAAUAAACGAAACAGUGGUCGCCGAAGGAGAAUAUAUUUGCCGUCGAACAAUUGAGAGAUAAUUCCAAAUGCGUUUGCGUCGGUGGGAGAACAAUUUCCGUACGCCUGAUGCACGCCACUGUUCGUAAGCCCGCGAAAGUUGGGAAGACGCCGCGGCGCAAGAAGCUUGGCGAGCAACAGAGCGACGCUAUGGAUAUGUUCCUGACCCCGAAACGUCAGAAGAAUGACGAGGUCACGGGUAUCUCCCGCAGUGGCCGCGUCAGAAAGAAAUCCUCGAAACUCGUUGACUUUGAAUCGCCAGACGAUUACUCGGAUAACAAGUACAAACGACAGAAAGCACAGAACGUGCAGAGUCAACAACAGGUAUUGGAGAGAUACGAGGCCGUACAGCCCAGCCAGCCGAUUCAACCGAUUCAGCCCAUUCAGCAUGGUAGCGGUAAAAGGCAAAGGAAAGAUUCGAAUUCGAACAUUGGCCAGCAGCAAAGAGUCGUUAAGCAAGAGACGUCGUCGGAUAACGAGGGACAAUCAUCGGGAUCUGAAUCCGACGAUGAUCCCCCUGGGCUGAACGAGGACGAGAGAUACAGUAUGGACUCUGGAAGCGAUGAUGACAUAGAUCCUCUGAUGAUCGACGACAGAGAGGCAGGUUUUCGAAAGCUCGAACCACCUGGCCAAGAAACAACGCCCACGCAGGCGAGCAGUUUGUACAUGCUUGAGAAAUGUAAGAAAAAACUGAUUAUCAAAGAUGGGAAAAUAAUCGGUAAAAUGAAGGCACAGCGUAAAGACAAAGGGAAGACGAGAUUUACCGCGUACAUGUUAUGGGCUAAAGAGAUUAGGCAAGAAUUGCUAGAACAGUGUCCCAACAUGGAUUUCGCAGCUAUUUCUAAACGGUUAGGAGAACUGUGGGCUACGGUGCCGAAUCUGGAAAAGUAUAACUGGCGCAGACGCGCGAAACGCUUGGCAGCAAAGCCUCAUUCUUUACCUGCGAGUAAAGAUGAGCCCGUUUGGAAAAUGCCGCCGCCUGCUUCGCGAAAAAAGUUCAUUAAUAAAAUCGGUAAUGGAAAAGAGCAAAAGCCCGCUUCGUCGAAAAAAAUGAUACAACUGGGUCUGCCCUCGGUCGUAGGGAACAUUCCGGUGUCUCCACCGUCGAACCGAAGCGCGAAAGAAUUGCUCAACGAGCCGAUGAUAGGCACGGGUAUGUACAAAGUCGUUGGAACCCAACCGAUCGACGUGGCCGCACAUCUCAAGCUCCUUGGCGAGAGCUUGACGAUCAUCGGGGAACGUUUAAAGGAGCACGACGGUCAAAUAGCGGUAUCGGGCAGCCUGUCCGUCCUCCUGGAUUCUCUCCUAUGCGCACUGGGUCCCUUGAUUUGCCUGACGCAACAAGUGCCAGAGACCAACGGAGCUAAGCACGAAACACUUUCGCAGAUGCUGGAUAACAUUGCGUACCUUAUGCCUGGUUUAUAAAAUAUGUGUAAGCAGCGAGGAGUUGUACAUAUAUGAAACGAACAGGCGAGACGUUCGUGAAGGUUUCGUUCGAUAAACAGAGGAUACCUGGAUUCUAUUAUAUUUUA